CCACACGGAGGAAGGAGUAAUCUAACACAAUUUGACUAGUUCUCUUUUCUUUACCAUUUUUCUUGGUUGUGCGAGCCGAGGAUGUUGCAUCUCCUACUUCCAUUGCUGCUCCUGAUCUCCAACGUUGGACCAUCACAUUCAGCCACCGUCGAGAGCCUCCCGGGUUUCCCGGGAGAUCUUCCCUUCAAACUGGAAUCUGGAUAUGUAGGGGUAGGAGAGUUGGAGGAGGUGCAGCUGUUCUACUACUUCAUCGAGUCCGAGAGGAGCCCCAAGGAGGACCCUCUGUUGAUUUGGCUCACCGGCGGUCCUGGUUGCUCCUCCUUGUCAAGCCUUCUCUACGAAAUAGGUCCAAUACAGUUUGAUUUUUCAAGUUCCAGCGGAACUAAACCAGUAUUAAAGUCAAAUCCUUAUUCCUGGACAAAGAUAGCCAAUAUUAUAUUUUUGGAUGCACCGGUGGGUUCUGGAUUUUCAUAUGCAACGACAUGGACUGCAUCCAACAGCAGCGACACUGCCUCGGCAGCACAAACGUACGAGUUCGUAAGAAAGUGGCUUAUGUCUCACCCUAAAUUCCUCACAAAUCCGCUUUACAUCACUGGUGAUUCUUACUCCGGUGUUGUUAUCCCUAUCAUCGUUAAAGAAAUAUACGAUGGAAAUGAAGCUGGACGCGAGCCCCAAAUGAAUCUCGUAGGUUAUGUGCUAGGCAAUCCGGUGACUUGUGAUGAGAAGGACCAGAGUUUUAGAAUUCCGUACGCCAACAAAAUGGCUCUCAUAUCAGAUGAGCUUUAUGAGAUAACGAAAACGGACUGCAAUGGAGAUUACCAGAACGUAGAUCCCACCAACGGAGCCUGUCUAGUUGACCUUGAGAUGGUGUCGUUAUGCCUUGAGAAGAUAUUUUUGGCCCAAAUAUUGGAACCAUCAUGUAAUCUCAUAUCUCCUAACCACACAAGGCUAAAAUGGAGCAGAACUAUACUCGAAGAAGAGAAUAUGGUCGACGUCAUUUCGGUGCCUCAAUCAUCCAGGCCAUGGUGUCGGCCCUAUAACUAUAUUUUCUCUUACAUUUGGGCCAAUGAUAAGAAAGUCCGAGAAGCCUUUCACGUACGAGAGGGCACGAAGCAAGAGUGGGAAAGAUGCAACCAUAGUCUAUCUUACACGAAGGACGUUCUUGACAGUACAGUUUAUCAUAAAUACCUCUCUGGCAAAUCCCUCCGCGCCCUUGUUUACAGCGGUGAUCAUGACAUGGCUAUCCCCUACGUGUCCACACUAGAUUGGAUAAGAUCACUCAAUUUAACUUUAAAGGGCCCGUGGUCGCCUUGGUUUGUUGAAGGUCAAGUAGCCGGAUACUCCAUACUGUAUUCGGAAAACGAGUACGAUCUGACGUUCUCGACAAUUAAGGGAGGGGGACACACAGCUCCGGAGUACAAACCCCAACAAUGUCUUGCAAUGGUUGAUAGAUGGUUCUCUUAUUACCCUCUCUAGCCAAUUUCCAAUUGUCGUUUGGUUGGGUUAAAUACUCAAACCAAUCCAAAUUUUUCACCCGACGAUGAUGUGAUUCUGAAUGUACCUUUCCUGUGAGACUAUGCAAUCAUUCUUGUAUGAGGAGCUUUGGCUCUAGUAAGGGGUCCAAGAUCUAGUCAGAUUCGUGACUUUUCA